AUGCGCUUCGACUUUCGUACUGUAUCCAGAAUCUGUUUACUCUUGAUUGUUGUAUUUUCAAUUGAAUCAGAAGCAUCGCUUGUACACAAACACAAGGCAAAAGUAGUGAGAGUGGCGAGAGGGAAUGCAGAAGAGAAAACCAGGCUAGCGGAUGGAACGAAGUUUGAGAGAUUUUCGGAGAGAGAUGUGCCCCCACUUCCGAUUGAAGAAGAAGAAGCUGAUGACUUGAACGAUCCAAGAAUCGGACAUCUGGAUAAAGACGGUGGAAUCGCUGUACCAGUUGAUUCAGAGGGAAGAGUUUUGAAAGGCUUUGAAUACCUUCUGAAACCGAUUGAGAUUGAGCUCGAUGAUGAAGAGAGUUUGAGAAGCAGACCGUCUGGAGACCAAUACGAAGCACCAAAAGAUUCUGAAAAUGGAAAGCAGAAGGAUUACAAACCAUACCACAAUAGUCAGGAUCUUGCUCCAAAACCAGAAUUCUUGCCAGAUGGACAAGAGACGAAUGGGGAAGAGUAUGAUGAUGUGGCCAGUGAGCCAAGAGAAUCUCUUCCCGACAUUCCCAAUUUGCCAAAAAUGGAUUAUUCUGAUUCUGGAGAAUUAGAUGAAGAUUUGAAGGCAGAAGAUGGUGCUGGAGAAGAUGAUGACGAUACAAGAGUGGCUGAAGAGGAUUUGAGCGACUCGGAGAGAAGAAUUGUUGGUGGUGAGUAG